CAAGAAUAUGAAGUUCCAACUGCAAUUAUUAGCUACUCUGAGUCCACUGGUGUUUGCCCAGUCCGAGUCUGACAGCUCCAGUGGUGUUUCAGGGUCAUUGUCCUCAGGUUACUCUUCCGAGUACUCCACGUCUGAUGAGGAAAGUGCUACUGUGUGGGUCAGCGACCAGUCUCCAUUGGAGACUGGUGAGGUCUAUGAGUGGAGUGCCAACUGGAACCCGGACAUUCAGAUCCACCAGUCCUGUAACAGAACCCAGUAUGUUCAGCUGAUGAGUGCCUGGGAAGAGACCAAGGAGCUCUCUGAACAUGCGAGAGACCACACGUCUCGCUUCGGCAACCAAAGCUACAUCUAUAGAAAGUACUUUGGUGACGCUGCGACUGCAGAGGUGAUUGGAUGGUUCGACAACAUCGUCCAUCAGGACAAGACCACCGUCUUGUUCCGCUGUGAUAACCCUGAUGGCAACUGUGCCAACGAAGGCUGGGCUGGUCACUGGAGAGGAUCAAAUGGUUCUGACGAGACCGUCAUCUGUGACCUGUCCUACCAGACAAGACGUUCUUUGAAGCAGCUCUGCAGCUUGGGUUACGACGUCUCUACGGGCCAAAAUGCUGUGUUCUGGAGUGCUGACUUCCUCCACAGAUUGUGGCACACUGAUACUGUGGGCCAGUCCUCUGUGGAUCACUACGCUGAUACAUAUGACGAGUGUUUGGAGUUGGCUAAUGAAUCACCAGAAGAGGCUGUUAGAAACUCAGCCUCUCUGAGACUGUAUGCCUUGGAGGUUUACGCCUAUGACAUAACUCUUCCAGGCCAGGGCUGUUCUGGUGACUCUGAUGAUGAGGAUGAACCACUGAUCGGCUCUGAAGACAGUGAAGACAACACGCAGUCUACCAGCACUUCUGAAGAGCAGUCAGUUACUGAAGCUGUAAGUGAAGGUGCUUCUUCCAGUGCCACCAGUGACAUUGCUGAGUCGACCACCUCUGAAGAAGAGGACGAACACGACCAUUCGCACACCGAGACUGACAGUGAGACCAAUGCUGAGGCCACUGCGAGUGCUACAAGCUCAGAGACGGCCAGUCUGCGUUGUCAUACACACGAAGGUGGUGAGACUCACUGUGUUUAGAUAUCCCUAUAAUAAAGGCUUGAGCUUUUGGCACAUCCUUUCAAUGCCUUCUGAAACUCCAC